UGCGCGAGGGCGGCAUUGUCCUGCAGCGGCGACUGCAGAAAGCUGCGAGGUACGUUUGCAAAGACGCGGACACCCCUGACAGCCACACCGGUCUUAAUCUCGUCCAAUUCAAGUGUAGUUGAAAAGACGUACAUUUUUUGUUCACUAGUGAAGGAGUAUUUGGACACGAUCGCGUACGGCGACGUUGUGCGGCGGGGGGUCCGUGCAUUAAAACUGUAAGCAGAUAAAACGAUCUGAGUGGCGCAAAAGUUCAGAAGCGACGCUGAGUCCCUCCAAGUGCUGAGAGCUUGGCAAUGCCUGUUCCCCCUCCACCUCCUCCGCCACCCCCCGCACCUCCACCACCACCUCCUCUCCACCCUGCCCAACCACCACCGUCCUCCUUAACGCCUCAGGGAUGGUCAGAUCCCUCGAGGAGCCAGCGGCCGGCGACGGGAGGACGCAGUGCUCUCCUGGCCGACAUCCACAAAGGAGCCAAACUCAAGAAAGUGGCCACAGUCAACGACCGCAGUGCGCCAGUGAUCGACAAACCCAAAGGCAGCCGUCCAGAUUCUGCUGUAAACAGCGGCGGCCUGGGUGGGUCUGGAGUUCUGGGGGGGCCUGUGUCCUCCGGACCCCCUCUGGCAGGUCUUUUUGCUGAAGGCUUUCCUGUACUAAGGCCGACAGGUCACAGGGACACAACUGCGCCGCGGUCCAGCGGCUCUGGGUUGAGGCAGCCGGUUUGGAGUCCCCUGGCGUCUGACAGCUGUCUCCUUGAGGCCCCCGACGUGGCUCCCCCCCCGAAACUUCCGGACAGAGGGAGUCCCAUGCGCUCCGCCGUAUAUCCGGCGGUCCCCGCGCCCGCCUGUAGCAAACCCUCGCCGCCCCCUCAUGAGCGACCAAUCAAAGCACCGCCUGCGCCACAGUGCCCGCCCCCUGCUCCUCCUCCACAAACCACCAAGCCCACCUGGCUGCCGGUUCAGCCCCAUUCGCUUCCCCAGCCGUCUAUUCCGCCUCCACCUCCUCCUCCGCCUCCCCCAGCCUUCCCUCCAUCCAGCAUCCCCGAACGCUCUGCCAGCUUCUCUUACCCUGCUGCCCCCCUUCCUCCUCCCCCACCCCCCAUGCAGUUUGGUAACUUUCGGGACCCCCCACCACCGCCACCCCCCCUCCCCUAUUCCAUUACAUCAAGCUAUCCUUCAGUUCCGCCCCCACCCCCUCCGCCAUUGCAGCCCCCGCUGCCUAAGGUACCCCCUGUCCCAUCACCCGCUUUCAGAGCUGGAGUCCCCCCCCAGGCUCCCUCAUACCCCACUACAGCCCCAAGCCGGCGACCCCCUGCGGUUCCCAGACCUACAGGUGCAGGAAGGUUUGCUCCACCCCCCGCUCCGCCCGCUCGAUCCCCUGCUACAGAGCUGUCCAGCCGAAGUACGCCUCAGAACCCUCCCCCUCCCCCACCGCCGCUUCCACCUUCGGUCACGAGAAACGGUCACCUGCACAGUCUGGAUGACUUUGAGUCAAAGUUUCAAUUUCAUCCGAUUGAUGAUUUCCCUCCCCCGGAUGAAUUUAAACCAUUUCCUCGAAUAUACCCGAGCAAAGAAGCGAGAGAGAGCACCAGACCUGCUCCUCUACGGACGCACAUGCGAUGAAUUCAGCCUGCUGGGUUCUAGUACAGCAGCUCAUAUGAGAGAGUCGCAAACCUUCCACCUCCCUUAGGGGCUCAGAGCCUUGGAGAGGCAGCAGCGUCCGACUGACUCCCGCUGAGAAUCUCCGGCGUGAAUCACGGCUCUCCGAGUCGAUCAGCCGAUCGGCCGCCUUUCUCUCAUGCCAACAUGUAUCCUCUCAAACAGCGGACACUGCAUUGCUUGACGAUCAGAUGACCUGGUUUGCGCCCUUGCUCAAUCAUCCUUGCACAUCCCAUGCCUUGGGGUGCUGAGACUCUGUCCUUCUUGGGCCCCGGAUGACCUUUAACCCAUGUGAAGUGUCGAUUGUGUUAGAGGUUUGUAAAAAGAGCAUCAGCUACAUCCCUGCACUGGAGCACAGCAGGAACACUUCUGCUACCGGCCUACGUGAGCCAUCAUAUUAUGCCUCAAUUUUUUUUGUACUAAAUUAUUAACCUUUUUUGAAUAUUUUGAAGCUUGAGACAAGCAGAUAGAUGAGGCGCAGAGGAGAGUAGGUGCUGCUGACAAACAUUUUGUUAUUAGCGUUAUGUGUGGAUUGUUUUUAACGGAGAUGUAUCAGUAAAAAUGGGAGGAGCCAAAACGCCACGUCAUGGUCACAUCUUGUUUUGUGUGUCUUUUCUGUGCAGUGGAACCACAUUGUUUGUGCGCUUUCUGCUCUCUGGGUCGCAAACCAGUUAUUACUGGGCUGUUUGGGUUAGACGGUUCAGAUCUGACCUCAGUGCGUGUUUAUCGCUUGCUUUGGAGUCAUUGUCCUGAUCUAUUCUUCCUGAUUCUGCUUAAGUUAGAAUUGGGAUAUUGGAGUUUGGUGCUUGAUUAUUAAAACAAAACCCAGAACAA